AUGUCGGAGCCGGAGAAAAUGGAGGCGAUCAAGAGAGCGUACGCGGAAAUGAUUCUCAACACGGCGAAGGAGGCGGCGGCGCGUGUGAUGGCCGCCGAGCUGAGAUCCCGGCGAUUGGAGCACGACUUGGUUUCCACAAAAGACGAGGCCGCUCGAAUGCUGCUUAAUUUGAAGCAAUCGAUCGACACAAAGACUAAGGAAGUGGAGAUUACAUCACUGAACCAAAGGAAUAAAAUUCAUGAGCUGGAAUCUCAGCUAAAUGAAGCAGAAGGCAUCAUAAUAGACCUCAGGGCUGAACUUAACUGUGUGCACGAGCAACUUGACGAGACCAAGAACAAAAAUCUGCAUAUUUCAAGACAAAUUGAAAAUGCAGAAACAUUGGAAAAGAACAUUCUCAAUCGAGAGUGUCCCUAUCAAUCUACACAUAGUGUGAAAGUCAAUCCCGAUUUGACCAUUGCUCGGGACAAUUCAAAUGUAGUCACUAAUUCGACUGGUAUUGAGAAUGCGAAUGCUGUUACUGGUUCACAGGCUGUGGAAGAAAGAGAUAAGUGUGGGGAAAAUGAAGGUAUUUCUAUAGUCCGUAGAAGUUCAAGAAAGAGAAAAAUUAAGUUCUUGGACGAUUUUAUUACUGUGUGUGGAUUGAGGAAAAAGUGUGUAAAAUCUGGCGAGAGUCUGAUCAAACCGGAAGAUGGAACUUGA